CGUGUCGGUCUCGGAGUUCAGUCCAGCGGCUGAAGUGAUGAUGGCGGCAGCGCUCGAGAGAGGAGGGCUUCGGUCCGCCUUCCUGAACCCGGGCAGUGGCGGCGGCGGAGCGGCUCCCACAGCGGGCGGCGGAGCGGGGUGUUCAGCGGCCGGGGCUGCGGUGCUGUGGGGCUCCGGGGGCUCCGGAUCUAUGCCCGUCCCGAUGAAUCUCUUCGCCACCUGGGAGAUCGACCGCUCCUGUCCGAGCUGUGUGCCCAGGUUGUGUAGUCUGACGUUGAAGAAGUUGAUCGUGUUGAAGGAGCUGGAUAAAGAUCUGAACUCUGUGCUGAUAGCGGUGAAGAUUCAGGGCUCCAAACGAAUGUUGCGAUCAAACGAGUACAUACUUCCUCCCAGCGGUCUGAUGGAGACAGAGUUAGAGCUCACCUUCUCUCUACAGUAUCCUCACUUCCUGAAGAGAGACGCUAACCGUUUACAGAUUAUGCUCCAGAGAAGAAAACGCUACAAAAACAGAACGAUCCUCGGCUACAAGACGCUCGCUGUUGGAGUCAUCAACAUGGCCGAGGUGUUGCAGCACCCGACAGAUGGUGGUCAGAUUCUGGGUCUCCAUAGCAACGUGAAGGACGCUCCAGCACGUGUGGCAGAGAUCAGCGUCUUUUCUCUGUCCAGUCAACCCAUCGACCACGAGUACAGCAGCGGCCAAUCAGGAGCAAAGACCAAAGCCUCCGAUCGUUCUCCUGAUAUGGAUAAUUACUCUGAGGAUGAUGAUGACAGUUAUUCAUCAGAGCAGGAGGCCAGUGAUGACGCUGUACACGGACAGGAUCUGUACGAUGAAGAUGAUGACGUACGAAAACCAAAAAAGCCCCGACGGAAAAUGAUCCGAACCAUCUCAAUGACACGACAACCCAACUUCAAGCAGAAGCUUGUGGCCUUACUGAAGAGAUUCAAAGUGACUGAUGAGGUUCUGGACUCAGACCCGGUGGAUCAGACUCAGGAGGUGGAGGAGGAUCUGGAUCUGCUGUAUGACAGUCUGGAGGUUUAUAAUCAGAGUGACAGUGGACCAGAACUAGAAGAUGAUGAGAGUGUUCUGAGCACGCCCAAACCCAAACUCAAGCCGUUCUUUGGGGGAAUGUCUCACUCGAGUUCUCAAACAGAGAUCGGAAGCAUUCACAGUCACAAUCAACACAGAGAUGUCUCACACACUGGUUGUGACUUGCUGUCGGUGGAGAGGUGUAUGGUGACCGGGACACGACCCCAGGAGGACACCAGUAUGGACACUACAGCCAGGGAAACGGAUGCAGAGCAUCAUGGGGGAGUCACGGCAGAUGUGUCGGUUGGUUGGGAGUCGAACGUGGAUCGAUUGAACAGCUCUGCUGGAAAACUCUGCAAGACUGAGUCCCAAAACCAAAUGAGUCCCAGUAAAUCGGAGAACAGGGUCCCGCGGCGAGCGCGCAGCACAUCCAUGAAGGACCGACAGAAUUCACGAGCUCAGAGCGACCGUACGGCCAGCGUGGACAGUGAAUAUUCACCAGAUGCCCGAUACACCGCACAGGUGCCCCGUAAAUCAGUGUACGAUCAACUGAAUCAGAUAUUGAUCUCUGAUGAGAGACUUCCAGAAAACAUCAUCCUGAUCAAUACACUGGACUGGCAGGGACAGUAUGUAGCAGAAGUUCUUCAGAAACAGUCUCAGCCCAUCGUGUCCACCUGCUCGCCCGCUGAUGUUCAGGCUGCAUUUAACACCAUCAUCACCCGCAUUCAGAGAUUCUGUAACUGUAACGCUCAGACUCCGCCCACCGUCAAGGUGGCAGUGGCGGGCGAUCAGAGUUACCUCAGCACUGUACUGCGAUUCUUCGUGGAUCAGCUGGCCAAUAAGACGCCUGAUUGGCUGAGCUACAUUCGCUUCCUCGUCAUCCCCAUUGGCUCUCAUCCGCUGGCGAAGUACGUGUCAUCAUUCGACAGUAAAUUCAACAGUAUGUUCAUGGAGCCGUCGUGGAGAGAGCUGUUCUGCCGGACAGAACCCCCGACCGCAGACAGUGUUGAUGUAGCAGGACGGAUCAUUCAGUAUUUGGCAGGUGCAAACGUCUCUCAUCAGUUCCCCAUCUCUGAAGCCAUGCUCACCUACAGACAGAAGAGGAAGAGAAGUUUGUAUUUUGAGUUGUACAUCAGUCCGGAUGAAGACUGUUGUCAAAAGUUUGUGCCAUUUAUCGGGGUGGUGAAGGUGGGGAUUGUGGAGCACAGUCUCUCAACAUCAGUGGAUUCUGAUGAUGCGAUGGCUGGUAAUAUGGGCAUGGUGCCCUCGCCCGCACCGCAGUCAGUCACGUCCUAUGGGAAGGAGAUUUACGGGACUCCGCCCCCUUCACCCUCUGCAUGUGCUGUGUUCACUGGAGUUGGUUCUCCGUGUACAGGUGGCGAGCUGAUGGGGCUGCAGGUGGAUUACUGGACGUGUCCGAGUGAGAAGAAGCGUGAAGGAGAGAAACGUGACAUGUGUUUGAAGAACACUCUG